AUGGAUGACCUACUGAAUCUCGAGCUUCUGUCGCUCGUAUCAAAGGUCGCGUCCGAAUUACAGAACCAUAUCGGCAUCAACGACAAGACCCUGGCCGAGUUUCUCAUCUCGCAACGCCUCGAAAGCUCCAGCACCGAUGACUUCCGCAAGAAGCUCGACAAGAUUGGCGCGGACUUUCCGCCCAGUCUGGUGGAUAGCUUGGAUCGCCUAGUGCUUGCUAUGCAUCCCAAAUUCAAAGGGAUGGGCGACCAAGUCAACGGAGAGGAACAUCACUCCCGAACACUUGAGGAGAAGGAGAAGGUCUUUAGUGGUCUUGCGCUGGCAGAUAAAGUGGUCGAGCAUGACAACGGCACAGACGCGAUAGAUGACACCCUUGCAUUGCUAGAGGGCUUAGAAGGCAAAGCCAAGAAAGAAAAGGCAUCCAGGAAGCGCAGCAGAAGCCCCGAGCACGAGGGCAAGGAUUUACGGAGGAGACGACGGGACAGAUCGCGCUCAUACGACCGACGCGCACGGAAAUAUCCUAGGUCGCGAUCCCGGUCACAAGAUCGGGGCGAUGAAGAUUGGCGGGACGGGUUCAAGGAUUCGCGCAGAGACAGACGGGGACGAAGAUAUGGCGAAGACGACAACGAUGACCGGCUCGAUAGAGCACCACACCCUGAAAUUGACGAUGCGCCAAAGCUGCACAAGGUUUACCAAGGCCAUGUGGCUGGCAUUAGGGAAUUUGGUGUCUUUGUAAAUCUACACCACGUUCGCGGCAAGGUGGACGGUCUCGUGCAUAUUUCGAGAAUAAUCUCGGGACAGCGGGUAAACCACCCUUCCGACCUGUUAUCCAAGGGUCAGGAUGUUUGGGUCAAGGUUAUCAGCAUCGAAGGGAAGAGAAUUGGAUUGUGCAUGAACGACGUGGACCAAGAUAACGGAAUGGACUUGAAACCGCAAGCGCGACUCACAACAGGGGCUAAUAUGGAGGCCCUUGGAAGUGGUGUCAAGAAUGGCUUCGUCAACGACACCUCGGCCAUGCCAAGAGAUGCUCUCGGCCCGCCUAGACGGCAUAAGAAGCGCAUGACAUCUCCGGAAAGAUGGGAAAUCAGGCAGCUUAUUGCGUCCGGGGUUGCCAAAGCCUCCGAUUACCCAGAUUUGGAGGAAGACUACAAUGCUACCCUUGAAGGUGAUGGAGAGAUGGCGUUGGAAGAGGACGUGGACAUUGAAGUUCGCGAGGAAGAACCCCCAUUCUUGGCUGGCCAGACAAAGCAGUCUCUGGAGCUCUCUCCCAUCCGUGUCGUCAAGGCCCCUGAUGGCUCGAUGAACCGCGCCGCCAUGUCUGGCACUUCCAUAGCCAAAGAACGAAAGGAACUGAAGCAGCAAGAAGCAGAUGCUGCCGCCAAGGAGAAGCAAUCCAACCAGAACCUCUCAUCACAGUGGCAGGACCCCAUGGCCGACCCCGACAAACGGACAUUUGCUAGUGACCUGAGGAAUGCGAGAACGCAAGCCGAGUCGGAAGAUGUUCCGGAGUGGAAGAAAGCCGUCAUCCCCGGGGGGCAGCCUCUUGGCAAGCGAACCAACCUCAGCAUCAAGGAGCAGCGAGAAUCCUUGCCUGUAUACGCCUUCCGUAGCCAGCUCAUCAAGGCUGUACAGGAAAACCAGAUUCUCAUCGUCGUGGGCGAAACUGGCUCCGGAAAGACCACCCAACUCACCCAGUACCUGGCAGAGGCAGGCUUCGCGGACAAGGGCAUCAUCGGCUGUACACAACCCCGAAGAGUCGCGGCCAUGUCGGUUGCGAAGCGUGUUGCCCAAGAGGUCGGCUGCAAGAUGGGAGAAGAGGUUGGCUACCUGGUUCGAUUCGACGACUGCACCAGUGCAUCAACAAGGAUCAAGUACAUGACGGAUGGUAUGUUGCAGCGAGAAGUCUUGAUGGACUCUGACUUGAAGAGAUACUCGUGUAUCAUGUUGGACGAGGCACACGAACGUACAAUUGCAACAGAUGUUCUCUUCGCCUUGCUCAAGAAGGCUGUCGUGCGCCGGCCAGACCUCAAGAUUAUCGUCACGUCGGCAACUCUUGAUGCGGACAAGUUCUCAUCAUAUUUCCAUGAAUGCCCCAUCUUCACGAUCCCUGGUCGAACUUUCCCGGUCGAGAUUCUUUAUUCAAGGGGACCAGAGUCCGACUAUCUGGAUGCGGCCCUGGUGACAGUUAUGCAAAUCCACCUGACGGAGCCAAAGGGCGACAUUCUACUCUUCCUGACAGGAAAGGAGGAAAUCGACACGGCUUGCGAGAUCCUGUACGAACGGAUGAAGGCGCUCGGUCCGUCGGUCCCCGAGCUUCUGAUCCUGCCAGUCUACGCCAGCCUACCUGCUGAGAUGCAGAGCAGGAUCUUUGAUCCCGCACCACCGGGAGCUCGGAAAGUCGUCAUUGCCACGAAUAUUGCCGAGACGUCCAUCACGAUUGAUGAGAUUUACUACGUCGUCGACCCCGGAUUCGUCAAGCAAAGCGCGUACGACCCCAAGCUGGGCAUGGACUCGCUCGUCGUGACGCCAGUAUCCCAAGCCCAAGCGAACCAGAGAGCCGGCCGGGCCGGCCGGACAGGCCCAGGGAAAUGCUUUCGACUGUACACCGAAGCAGCGUACCAAUCUGAAAUGCUGCCCACGACCAUCCCCGAAAUCCAGCGACAGAACCUCUCGCACACCAUUCUCAUGCUGAAAGCAAUGGGCAUCAACGACCUCCUCCACUUCGACUUCAUGGACCCCCCCCCCGCCCUCGACGACGAGGGCCUCCUCACGCGCCUGGGUCGCAAAAUGGCAGAUUUCCCCAUGGAUCCCGCCUCGGCCAAGGUGCUCCUCUCCGCCGUGGACCACCAGUGCUCCGACGAAGCCCUCAGCAUCAUCGCCAUGCUCUCGCUCCAAGGCGCCGUCUUCUACAGGCCCAAGGAGAAGCAGACGCAGGCCGAUCAGAAAAAGGCAAAGUUCCACGACCCGCACGGGGACCACCUGACCUUCCUCAACGUCUACAACACGUGGAAGCAAAACGGCUACUCCUACCCGUGGUGCUUCGAGAACUUCAUCCAGGCGCGCUCGAUGCGCCGCGCAAAGGACGUCCGCGACCAACUCGUCAAGAUCAUGGAGCGCUACAAGCACCCCAUCGUCUCGUGCGGCCGCAACACGGACAAGGUCCGCCGCGCCCUGUGCUCAGGCUUCUUCCGCAACGCGGCGCGCAAAGACCCCCAGGAGGGGUACAAGACGCUGACGGAGGGCACGCCCGUCUACCUGCACCCCAGCUCGGCGCUGUUUGGCAAGCAGGCCGAGUGGGUGAUUUACCACGACCUCGUCCUGACCACCAAGGAGUACAUGCAUUGCACGUCGUCCAUCGAGCCCAAGUGGCUGGUCGAGGCGGCGCCCACCUUCUUCAAGGUCGCGCCCAGCGAUAGGCUGAGCAAGAGGAGGCAGGCCGAGCGGAUACAGCCGCUGUACAACAAGUUUGCGGGCGAGGACGACUGGAGGCUGAGUGCGCAGAGGAGAGGCGGCAGGGGCGGCGGCGGCGGCACCUGGGGCUGA